AUGAAAAGCUUUCCCACCAGUCUAGGAAAGGACUAUACUUUUCAAGAGCCUUCAUAUGAAACCGCCCUCCCUGACAGACCACCUGACUCGCAAACUAAUUUAGUUUUCAUUGACAGGAACGGUCAAUCUUUAAAUGUCUACGGGCAGCCUAUUCCUCCACCAGAAAUAUUACUAACUGUCAAUAAACUUUCUAAACUACCAUAUCCUGAUGCUGAUUCUGAAGAAGAAUAUCGAAAAAUGGUUUUACAAUGGCAAAAUUCAAUGUUAAAUGUAUCAAAAUCCGUGUUUUUACCGGUCCCUAUGGGCCUUAAUUACCAAAGACCCGUCAAACCUCAUGUUCCGACUCCAAUGGAGAAAGUUAAAGGAUCAUUAGAGGAACGUACAGCUAGAAAGUCGUUUAAUGUCAAAACUACAGCUCUCUAUCCCCAAAACUACAUGGUUUUACUCGAUGCAGUCCUCAAUGAGAACGAAAUUACAACUCCAGAGUUUGAAAUCAAAGGUCCACGCGAUCAGGUGAUCCCUGUUGCCAACCACUUUGGUAAGGAGAAAACCUGGUCAUCGCAGCUCAUUCCUCUUAAGCCAAAUCCUCAGUUAUACUUAACAUAUCAAGAAUACGCUGAUGCAAUGUACAAUUGGAUCCAUAACAUAUCGAAGAAUUGCGUAAUACCUCCAAAUCCUUCUCAGCUUCAGUCUAUUAUUGGAAUUGAGCUAGAAAGAAGACAAAUUGUGAAAAAGAACUUAAAACGCGGUCGUGCUCAAAGAACUAAUUCGGAUUUUUACAGUAUUAUUACUUUACCAGCCACAGGGCUCAUAGAUUAUGAAGAUGAACCAGGAUCAAUUUUAUCAGACGUAAGUGAACAGAUUGGAUCAUUCCUUACCUCCGAUUUGAUGAGAAUUAAAUCCAAAGUUGAUGAACCCAGUGGUCUACGAGUGAUUUCCGAUCAACUUAUUGGAUUACACCAUUUAUACGUCACAUCUUUCAUUGACAACUCAAGAAACAAGUAUCAGAUGCAUUUCCAGACCCCGUCGAACCUUCCUCCAAUACCAGGAUUGAUCAAAGAGUGGUCGGAGUACGGAUUAGAGCAACCCUUCGUUCACAAGCUUGUUCCGCUUGCCAUUGUUCAAUCCUCGUACGCCCAUGAACUUGCCAACUCUCCGCAGUAUACCUACAUCCCAGAAAUUUCAACAUCUCAUCAAAUUUUUUAUCUCUGCAAAACAUUUCAGCAAACGCAGUUAAGAUACGAACUCUUCAACAAAAUCCUAGUCGUUCUCUCCAACAAAGAGAUCUUUGAUUCCAUUACUUCAGAUAUUUCAAUUUUAUACGAAAUCUACAAGCUUUUCCACGAAUUUACCACCCAAAUAUGCGAUAUCCCAGAUUACGUGGUCGAGCCAGAGUGCAACUACCUCCUUUUCGAUUUCUAUUCCAAAUUAUUGAAUUUUUAUAUUGUCCGACAGAUGCACGAAUACUACAAAGGGCGGGACAAGCAGCUUGCCCGGUCCUUCAAGGUUCACACUGAGGGCCUCCAUUCGAUGAUCUCCAACUUUUUACACGCGAGUUACAGGGAAAUCCGGGAAAUCAUCGAGAACUCGGUAGAAGAGCACCCCCACAUGUGCACACAGAUUAUUUUCAUGGUCCUUUCACUCGAUAACCAGCUCCUUUCCUUUUUAUCUCAAAUAGAUUUUCGCGUUAUUCCGAUAAUCAUGGCCAUUUCGAAGCAAUCGCCUAAAGAUUUUCGAUUCUUACAACUACAUAUAUUCAGAUCUCUUCCUAUGGCCACAUUUAUCAUACAACAAUUAUCAUAUCUUAAUUACGACCAGAACUGUCUUCUCUACCAGACUCCUCCCGAGUUCAUGUCGUUCCUCAGUUCCAUACUUGUCCAGAAACUCUCAAAAGAAGCCAUUUCUCCUAACGUAGACUGGACAUUAAGUUUUCUGACCGAUAUCUUGAACCACGCGAACGGAUUAUUGACGCAGACCCAGUGCGACUUCAUCUACGCCAUAUCCAUAUUCAUACAGAACCGAAUGUGGGCCCACCAACAGCAAAAACACUGGGAAAUGAUGCUCCCUCAAAUUCUAUCGACUUUGAUCGCUUUCAUGGCCAUUUCCACGGAGACACAAACGAAACUGUCACUUCUAAAAGCCUUUAGAAGACUCCUAUGGCAUCCAUGCGCAGGAAAAAUGCUCACAUCGCGUUUGGUCGUCAUGCAAAUCACUCCUUUCUUGAAAGACCCUGCUGUUUCAAUCAGUGGAAUAAGGACAAUCAAAUUAAUCGUCAUCAACCACCCGAAUUUUUUGGAAGCCAUUGUAAAUAAUCCAAAGGAACUCCAGAAAUUAGGUGAAGCGAUGUUUUUAACAAAUGAAGACGCUUAUGUAGAGAUCUUCAAGUUCAUCAAACUCGCGACAUCGAUGCCUUGGUACACAGGGUACAAAUCACAGUACCAGAAGUACUUCCACCAGUUUCUUCUCGCAAGUCACUUUAGAAUUGACGCAGCGAAGUCUAAAGUUGAGUCAAAGGCACAGAAGAAGCAGAAAGAGGUCUUCAAGGAUUUCGUAAUGUAUCUGAAGAAGAAUCCUCACGUCAAUCAAAUGCUUUCCAACAUUGAUGUACAAUUGUCUGGUGCAAGGAAAUGA